AUGACCUCGCCUUCCAAAUGGCAAGAAGCCGAUGGACUGCCUGUUAUUGACCGGACACGAUCGAAGCUGUUCAAGGACGCAGAUGAAGCUGUGGCAGAUUUGAAGUCUGGUUCAACCAUUUUCAGUGCGGGUUUUGGACUGUGUGGGACGGCUGAAACCAUCAUCACGGCGAUCCACAAGCGCGGAUUCGACUCACUGAACAACCUGACUGCUGUGUCGAAUAAUGCCGGAGCCGGUAGCGACGGUGGACUUGCUCCAUUGACUCACUCGGGUCAAAUCACCCGGUGCAUUCUUUCGUACCUGGGCAACAACAAAGCACUGGAGCAGAAGUAUCUCACCGGCCACAUCGCCAUUGAAUUAUGUCCGCAGGGAACCUUGGCUGAGCGAAUCCGGGCGGGAGGUGCUGGCAUCCCUGCCUUCUACACGCCGACCGGUGUCCAUACUCUGAUCCAGACUGGCGAGAUCCCUUCGCGCUUCGGUCCUGCCGAUCCAGACACCAAGAAGUCCGCGGUGCUGGAAUCCGGCCAUCCACGAGAGACACGAAUCUUCAAUGGCAGGACGUAUGUGAUGGAAACCGCACUGACUGGCGACGUGGCCAUUCUGCGAGCAUGGAAGGUUGACGAAGCCGGUAACUGCGUGUUCAGAUACACCACCAAAGCGUUUGGCACGAUCAUGGCCAAAGCAGCCCGCCUCACCAUCGUCGAAGCGGAAAACAUCGUUCCCGUGGGAUCCAUUGACCCCAACGACGUCCAUCUCCCAAGUAUCUACGUCGACCGAAUCGUGCCCGCGACCGUCCCGAAGAAACUCGAGCUGAAGAAGACCCGACCGGCAGAUACCGACGCCGGGAACGAAUCUGACGCAUCUUCCUCCGCCGCCCUGAUGCGCCGCACCCGCAUCGCCCGCCGCGCUGCCAAAGAACUCAAACACGGCAUGUACGUCAACCUGGGCGUCGGGAUGCCCACGCUCGCCCCGUCCUUCCUGCCAUCGGACGUCAAAGUGUGGAUCCAGUCGGAAAACGGCAUCCUAGGAAUGGGACCGUACCCGACCGAAGACGAAGUCGACCCGGACAUCGUCAACGCCGGCAAAGAGACGGUGACGCUGAUCCCCGGCGCGUCGACAUUCGACUCGGCCGAAUCGUUCACCAUGAUCCGCGGCGGACACAUCGACGUCUCCAUCCUCGGCGCUCUGCAGGUCAGCGCGGCAGGCGAUCUGGCCAACUAUAUGAUCCCCGGCAAAGUGUUUAAGGGCAUGGGCGGCGCCAUGGAUCUGGUGAGUAACCCGGACCAGACCAAGAUCGUGGUCACGACGGAUCAUGUGGACAAAUAUGGCAAGUCGAAGAUCGUGGAGACGUGUGCCCUGCCCUUGACGGGGGCCAGGGUCGUCAGCACGAUUAUCACGGAUCUGUGCGUGUUUCAGGUCGAUCGGGUCAAGGGGACUCUGACGUUGACCGAGUUGGCGCCGGGGGUGUCGGUCGAGGAGGUAAGGGCCAAGACAGAUGCCAGUUUCGCCGUUGCGCAGGAUGUGGGACAGAUGGAGUGA